CAUCAUCUGCAGAUAUGGAAGAUCGUUAACAUCUUCCACAUACCCGAAGUACUUCACAUUCACUGAGCGCGCGCUGCAGAGAAGAUCCUCAUGACUCAAGCGCCUCCAUAAUCGCAAAAGAAUUGAAAGAGAUUCAGAUUCAUGUGACCAUGUUAAUGGCGUCACUGAUUGCAGCUCCCGCACUUUUGUGUUCUUUCUCUGUCAAUAAACUGCCGGUCUUUUCCUUUUCUUCUGCAAAUUCAUACCCCCAAAACCCAAAUCUCGGCUUCUCCACUUGCGUUUGUCAACUGAGUGUCGCUCCCUGUUCUCAAUGGAGUGGACUGAAGGAUCUGGGUGUCUCAAUCAGUCCGAAGCUUACCAAAAAGGAGAGAAGGCGGAGGUGUAAAGGAAUGACGGUUCAGGCAUCUCUGUUUGGAGUUGGAGCUCCCGAGGCUCUGGUAAUUGGGGUCGUAGCUUUACUGGUUUUUGGUCCCAGAGGUCUUGCUGAGGUGGCUCGGAACCUGGGUAAGACCUUACGUGCAUUUCAACCCACAAUUAGAGAGCUUCAGGAUGUGUCAAGGGAAUUCAAAAGCAGCCUGGAGCGAGAGAUUGGUCUCGACGACAUUUCAGGUUCAGCACAAAAUACAUAUGGUUCCAACAAAGAAAAAGCUACCUCAACUCCUCCAUCUGUUCCCAACGGAAAGAAGUCUCCUGCCAUGUCUGACCCCAAUGGUAUUCCAUCCCCUAACAGAGCAUACGCCAGUGAAGAAUACUUGAAAAUCGCAGAGGAGCAGUUAAAAGCAACUGCUGCCCAACAGCAUCAGCUAAGCCCUCCUGGAGAAACCCAGUUGGAACCUAAAAGUCAGCCUCAAGUGACCAUUGAAGAAGCUACAAGUGCUGUGCCUCCACCCCAAAAGCCUGAAAGUGAGAGAUGAAAUCGCAAAAGAAAAAUCAUCCAAUUUUCAGAAACCUGGACACGAAACUGCUUAGACCAGGAACCUCACCGAAAUGCUGCAAGAAAAUAAUUCUUUUCACCUUUUGAGAGUCUAGGGUAGUUGCAAAGGAAUUAUUAUGUAUGAAGAGGAUGUCUGAUGUAGCAUAUAGGUUUUGUAUGAAGCCAGCAAAUGCAGUUUUCUCAAAUUUAUGUUACUUUUCUAGACUUGUACGAGUGUUAUCAUUAAUUUUACUACUUGGGUUGGGGUUUGUAAGAAAUUCUGAAGUAUUGUUUGGAAGUAAGUUUAUUGGUGAA